UAUGAAGGGAGUCUGAUCCUAUAUUGAAACGUUCAUCAGAACCAUGGAGCUGGACCUCGGGGGAGAAAGUAACAGGCUUUACCUCGGCGAGGAGAUAGAUAGAGUCGCCAAACAACACGAUCUCCGCUACGGCCACCCCAGCAACAUCAACAACAACAACUACGCGGAAUCGUGGUCCGAAUGGGACAACAAGAGUUACUGGGAGCAGCCCAUGGAGCAGAAACCGCUUAUGAUGCAGGAGCCUUGGUCCGUCGGCAGUUCCCAGAGGAGGCGGAGGGAUUCAGUCAGGGCACCAAGCCCCUCGGUACUUCGGAGGCGGAGGCUUGCCGCCAACGCGAGGGAAAGGAGAAGGAUGAACGGCCUCAAUGAAGCUUUCGACAGGCUGCGAGAAGUCAUUCCUUCCAUCGGGGCUGAUCACAAAUUGAGCAAAUUUGAAACUUUGCAAAUGGCCCAGAGCUACAUUGCCGCACUCUGCGACCUUCUAGAACGGUCGUCGAGAUGACCCUAAACUGAAAGAACUACGAGCAAAGAGACUCAAUUCGAAAUUUUAAGAAACUAUAUGAUUCAACGCAAAACGUUAAAGUGAAAAAUGAACUACUUUUUUCGGUCCGUUUUUAUGUGCAUUUCGAUUGAAAUCUCGGAAAAAUUGUUGUUCAACUUAAGGUAACAAAAAGCAUUGGUACUUAAA